ACAAAAAAAAAUUCUGUAAAAUUUUCAUUUGAAACCUAUAUAAGACUCGGAAAUUCUGCAGGUAUCAUUAAACUACUAAUAAGUGUUUAGUAACUUACAACUACAAAUUCUCAAAAUAAACUUACAUUUCGAAAAAUAAGAUGACCGCAUGUAUACUUUUCUUGGCUGUUGGUGGGUUCUAUAUUGCAGCUACAGAUGGAGCCUGUAAUCAGAUUUGUUCUGCUUCAAAUGGAGCUGUUGGAGCUCCUCCUAAUGGAGCUGGCGGUGCUGGAUCAGUAGGUACAGCAGGCGAUCCUGGUUGUCCUGGAUGUCCUGGUGGUAAUGGAGGUGCCGGAGUUGGAACUGGAAAUGGAGGUGCUGGUGGAGUCGGAGGGAUAGGCGGCUCGCAAUCGGCAGUAGGUGCUCCAGGUUUUCCAGGUGGAGCUGGAGGAAAAGGCGGAGCAUCUGGUGGCACUGAUGGCUCUGGAGGUGCAGGAGGUGUCGGUGGAGCUGGAGGUACAGGAACUACAGGAUUGGGUGGAUCUGUUGGUGGUAAUGGAGGUGCAGGAGGUAUUGGAGGCUGUGCUGCUGGAACUGCUCCUGGAAAUACCGGAAUACCAGGUUCUGGAGGAGUUGGUGGAGCUGGUGGUGCAGCCACUGGUGGUAAAAAUGGCGGUAAUGGAGCAGCUGGAGGAAAAGGGUGGAAACGCAAUUCUUUCUGGUAAAAAUGGAGGCACUGGAGGAGCUGGAGGAGCCUCAGGUGGCGUCGGUGGAACUUGUGGAAAUGGUGGAAUUGGUGGAAAUGGGUGUAAGAGUCUAACUGGUGGAUUCGGCGGACUCGGAGGAGCAGCUGGAGGUGCAGGUUGUUCAGUUGGUGGUGCAGGCUCAUCUUCAACAACGUGUAUAUGUUAAAAUUAGUUGUCAAUAGUCUCUGAUAAGU